UCGAUUUUUGUGACAAAUUCAACUAUUAAAAAGGACAUUUGACCCAAUUUAUCCGUCCAAAUCUGCUAUAAAAAGGGUUAACAACCGCAGCAGAUAGCUGAAUCUCGUCGCGCCGCCGCCGCUUCUACAGCUCAUCUGUCCUUCGCUCCUUCGCUGGUCACAAUGGGGAGAAGACCUGCUAGGUGUUACCGACAGAUUAAAAACAAGCCAUACCCUAAGUCACGAUUUUGUCGUGGUGUCCCCGACCCUAAGAUUAGGAUCUACGAUGUUGGAAUGAAGAAGAAAGGAGUUGAUGAAUUUCCAUUCUGUGUCCACCUUGUGAGUUGGGAGAAAGAAAACGUGUCAAGUGAGGCUUUGGAAGCAGCUAGGAUUGCCUGCAAUAAGUAUAUGACCAAGUUUGCUGGGAAGGAUGCAUUCCAUUUGAGGGUUCGGGUGCAUCCUUUCCAUGUUCUGCGGAUUAACAAGAUGCUUUCAUGUGCUGGGGCUGAUAGGCUCCAAACUGGUAUGAGAGGUGCAUUUGGCAAACCACAAGGAACCUGCGCAAGGGUGGACAUUGGUCAGGUUCUCCUUUCAGUUCGCUGCAGGGACAACAAUGGACAGAAUGCACAGGAGGCUCUCCGCCGUGCUAAGUUCAAGUUUCCUGGUCGUCAGAAGAUCAUUGUUAGCAGGAAGUGGGGCUUCACUAAAUUUAGCCGAGCUGAUUAUCUGAAGUACAAGGCAGAGAACAAGAUUCUUCCAGAUGGUGUUAACGCCAAGCUUCUUGGAUGCCAUGGGCCUCUUGCAAACCGUCAGCCUGGAAGAGCUUUUCUAUCUCAAACUGCCUAGACUCAUUUAGUUGUGUUGUACUGUUCAAUUUAUUUGGAAUCAUUGUUGACAACAUUAUUACCGUCGUUGGUUGUUUGAACUUUGUGAAACCAACCAAGCUUCCUUUUUUAUACUGUUUUAUCUAUUAUCCUAGUAAAUUUCAGUCUUCUUUUGAAACUCCUCCAGUGAUUAAACAUUAAGCAGGGAGCAGUUCUACUUGAUUGUUUUCUAGUUUUCUUUUUACUGUCACACUGCUGGAAGUUAAGGUUGGAUAUCAUAGUUACAAAAAACUCAUUGUAACUAAUUAUCAUGAGUUAGACAUAAUGGUAAAUAAAGGGCAUGGGUUUGAUA